AUGGCGCCGCCCUCAGCCCGUACCCAUAGUCCCCGCUCUCGGAGGAGGAAAGUGGUUUAUGCAAAGGCAAACCCUCCUUCACUUUCUGCACGUCUUAGGGCCCAAUCGCCCUACCAACGAAAGAUUUCCGCCGACGCUGCUGCAGUCGGCUCAGAGCACCCCGCACCGAAGAGCCCUGCGUAUCCGAAGGAGAUUGGGAGAGAGAUGGAGUCGCGCAUCGUACAGGUCGCUUUCGACAAGAUGUUGUCCUACGUACCUGGCGACGACAUGACCGAAACACAGGCGAAAAGAGUCAGUUCCUACAGUGGCCUCGAAAUAGACCUAUCCACUGCUAGUCCCAAGACUAAGGAGACCCUACCCAAGCGAAGCGUACAACAGACACCUAGCACUUCCACCGGCGCUGGAACCCCUUGUCCUCCGUCUGACGCGCCCACCAAUGACACAAACGAGGAGGAAACCAAGAGACAGGUCAAAGAAAUACGACGAAUAGAAAAGGGAAUGUACCAGGUGCUGACAAACGCUGGCAACGACAUCGCGACUCUCGCCAAGUCCAAAGUUGUGUUCAAGAUCGUGGCGGACGUGCCAGAGUCCGGUGACGUAGACAUGCGUCCAGACGUAGCCUCGUAUUAUUCGGGAACCGGCCACAAGCUCUCGACUCAGGCAUAUAAGCACAAGACGUCCGGCAAGUCUACUGAUGUCGCCCGCUGUGCUUGGGCAUGGAUGCUAUCCUUUAUCGAAGUCAAACCGACCAGCAAGGAGGCUGGUUUUUGGUUUCCUCCGGAUCAUUCGCCAUGGACUGGCCCCAGUAUGCCCCUGCUUGUAGAUGACGAAAAGGCUCUGGGAUCUCGCGCUCAGUUUUUCAAAUACGCCACUGAACUCAUGGUGCGGCAGCAUAGAACCCACCUCUUUGCUGUCUACGUUGCUGGCUCUUGGGCCCGUCUAUUCCGAUUCGAUCGUGCGGGUUGUAUUGUGACCGAACCCAUCAGCCUUCUCCACGACGGAUUAUCUUUCCAGAAUUUUCAUUUCCGUCUCCUUCGAAGCUCGCGAGAGGUCCAAGGCUAUGAUACGACCGUCAAGCUGGCUAACUCCGCUGACAUAAAGAUCCUCAAGGCCAACGAGCCCGAUAACGAACAUCUCAAGAAGCACUGGCAGACCUUGACGAACGAAGAGAACUAUCGUCGUUAUCCCGUUUACAAGGUCGAAUGUCCGAUGGUCUCUCUGCAUGAUUCAGGCAGCGACUCGGGUUCCUCAGUCGAUGUCGACCGGCCCUCGCUCACAGGGCCUUAUCUCAUUGGAAAGUCCAUCUCUUCACAUUAUUCGCCUACCGGCCGAUGUACUCGCGGAUUCAUCGCCUUCGACCUCGGGAGUCGUCGCAUGGUCUUCUUCAAGGACCAAUGGCGUUCCGUAUUGCGGCCGCGGACUGAGUUGGACGCGUACAGAAGGCUUCACAGGCACCAUGUACGGCACAUCGCUACUCCCAUCGCCGGCGGAGACGUAGAGCAGUAUACGCUGACGCAAGAGCUGAUUUUCUCUCUGCCAAAGCGAGUCCACACGCGCUUCGUAACGAAGGAGGUCGGCAGGCCUCUAGAGGACUAUGAUAACGCUAUCCACCUCCUCGAAGUGGUUGGGAUGGCCUUGUUAGCCCAUAAGGAGGCAUGGGAGAAGGCGGAGAUUCUUCAUCGCGACGUGAGCGUCGGGAACAUAAUGAUCGGAAUCGAGAGAGGCACGGCGUUCCUAAACGAUUGGGAUCUCUGCAAGUACAAAGAAGACCUCACGAAGCCGGCGUCCGACCUGGCUGGUAUUUCGGGAACGUGGCCGUUCAAGUCCGCAAUGGCCCUCGGCUACCCCCUGAAGCCCCCAGAAGUUGCUGACGACCUUGAGUCCUUCAUUUACGUCAUCUUGUUCAUGGCCUUCCGCUUCCACCUCCACGACUUGUCACCCCAGGACGUGCGGGUAACGGAUUCGCUGCAGGCUCAGCGGGAGGCGAACGCUAAGAACGAUAACCUCGCCACUACGAUCCACCAUUUCUUCUACUACGAAGAGAAAUGCCAGGGCGGCUACUACCGCGGCGGUCAGAUGAAGAAAUUCGCGAUUGUCUCCGGCACAUUGCCCAUUCAGCUCGCCCCAAAUAAGGACGGCAGCCCGAUGCUGCUGACUGUGUUUCUACAACGGGCGUACGAUAUCCUUCAGCGUCAUUACUGCAUGACCAACCUCAAGAAGAUGGAGCAGUUCGCGGUGAAGGUGCUCGACCAAGCCAAGGCCGAGGAACAGCGUGCGGAGAUGGAUAAAGCCAUGGCUCUUCGGCGCAGAAAAGAGAAAAAGAACCCUGCAGAAGAUGAGCCAGAGGAGCCUGAUGAUUGGAUGGAUCUGAUCAACGAAGACAGCGACUCCUCCUCCGACGAUUUGUCUAUCUCCACUAACCUUACUGACUCCAAUGCUGAGUACGCGGGAGACGAAGAUCUCAAGAGACCGCUCGACACGCACACAAAAAUAUGGAAGCUGUUCAAGGGCAUGUUCAGAGAUAAGACGCGCAAUCGGGCGCUGCCGUCUGUAAAGAACGCAGGAUCCGACGUCGCCAAGUUCAUCGAUCAGUUCAGCGGCCAGCCCGUCUUGACGCUGCAGGAGCGGCGGAAUCCUACGGGGCAAACGAAGAGCUCGAAGUCGAAGUCAAAGACGACCAGUUCGACUCCUGUGGAGGCGGGCGACGUUUCCACUCCUGUACCGAGCGGGAGCGGUCACCCUCCAGAAGCUGCGUCGGCUGUUCCAUCUGCAUCAUCGCGCCCCAUACGCAGCGUUCGCAAGAAGGUGCAGAUCAGCGACGAGACGGAGGUCAUCCUUGCUCCCAAGGCCCCAGAAGUCGUUCGCCGCCAACCGUCCCUCAGGAGGUCCACACGUCGGCGUCUGCCCGUCAUAUCCGAGGAGCCCCCUCCCAUCGCGGGUGCGAAGCGCAAACAGCGCGUGCAGGACGAGGGUGUCGCGCGGAAUAGCAUCAGCCCGGAACGUCGAACUGCUGUUCGCUCGAGGAGGGAAAAGGCGAGUGGCGCGACGGCCCACAAGACAGCUGCAAAGCCCGCUGCGUCUGUUGCGAUGCACUCCAAGCCGGUCGUCGCGGCCGCUGCGCCUGUGGACAAAUCUCAGCCGCUCAAAAAUGCCAGAAGCUCUCGUGUAACACGAAAGGCCGCUGAACCCAGUCCUCCAAGCCCGAGGAAAGCGGCGACCUGUCGCAGGAUAGCAGAAGCACGGAAAUCUCCAGCGAUGCAGAAGCCACCCAGCCCAGUCGCAAAGGCGAGGCGAUCUUCUCGGUUGGCUAAGAAAAGUUGA